CACAGCGAUAUAGCAGCAGCCACCACCGCAGCAGCAGCUGCCUCCCAGCUCCAUCCCAGGUGUGGAGAAUCUCUUGGUAACCUACAGAGCAGGGGGCAAUGACUGGGCAGGAGUGAGGGCUGCCUCCCAGCCUCUUCCCCCAGCCUGCCAAGGUACCUUCAGGAUGCAAGAGCUGCCCUUCCCGGGCUCUCAUUUUUCCCCCUGCAGCAGGAAAGGACUUUGAUUUCACAAACAAAGCAGGCCAUUGUAACUAGGACAAUAGCCCUUGACUCCCUAUCAGUGGAGCUGGUACAAACCAGGAGAGCAUCUCCAGCUGUCUGUCAAGGGAAAAAAAGGGGGGCACGGAGGACCAUAGAGGCUUGGUCAGGCUGCCUAGAAUUAUACCAACAGGCAAGGGGAGUGGAUCUCCAGUGGCCACUGGCCCUUGCUGGGAAGUUAUGAAGAACUCCCUGGUCAGGAGGACAGGAGAGCCGGGGUUGCUCCUGGCCAUCAAAGAACCUCCAGGCAAACUUGUCUUGGGGAUCAAAAACUACGAGAAAAAAAGAUGGCACCAGUGAAACUUACUCCCAGCAUCUCUCAGCAGCCCUUGUUCCCAAGGCAGAGGCCGCUUUGAAACAGACCUCAGGGACAAUGGUGAACAAAACUAGGAUUAAUUCUUCUAUUCCUGGACUCGAUGCAUCCUUGGUGCCCCAGUUCCAGGAGGCCAUUGGUAUUUUCUUCAUGGUCAUGCUGAGUAUCAUUGCUUUAGUUGCCAACACAGCCAUCAUGGUGGUCAUUCUCAAGACACCUCUGUUGAGGAAGUUCAUUUUUGUCUGCCACCUCUGUCUUGUCGACCUCUUAUCGGCCAUUUUCAUCAUGCCCCUUGGGAUCAUCUCCAGCUCCACUUGCUUCAACAGAGUCUUAUACAGCAUUGCGGAAUGCCAGACACUGAUCUUUCUGAAUGUCUGCUUCAUCUCUGCCUCCAUCAUCACCAUCUCCGUUAUCAGCAUCGAACGGUAUUACUAUAUAGUCCACCCCAUGAGGUAUGAAGUUAAGAUGACGACAGGCCUUGCAGUCACCGUGAUCGCGUUCAUCUGGAUUAAGUCCAUCCUUGUGGCUGCUUUGGCACUGGUGGGCUGGCCACAAGACAACGGGGCCAGUAGCGCCAGCAAAUGCACUGUCUGCUGGAGCCCUGGAGCCCACAAGAGGAUCUUUGUGAUCAUCUUCUGCAUCCUCUGCUUCAUAGUGCCCACCUUGAUCAUCUUUGCAGUCUAUGGCAGCAUCUACAAGGUGGCUCGGAUUGCCUCCUUACAGCAUGCACCUCAGCCUGUCCCAUCCUGGACAGCCACCACCAUACCUAGACAAAGAUCAGACUCUGUUCACAGCCAGGUCACUAUCAUCACCACCAGGAAUGUGCCUCCCAGGCUGUCACCGGAACGGUUGUUUGGUGGAAAUAAAGCUGCCUUGACACUGGUCUUGAUAGUGGGCCAAUUCCUCUGCUGCUGGCUUCCAUUCUUCUCCUUCCACCUUCACUGUUCCAUCUACUCUCCUUCCUCCAUCUCUAGUUAUGGUGAGAUUGUUGUGACCUGGCUUGCUUACUCCUCCUUUGCUAUCAACCCUUUUUUCUAUGGGCUCCUGAACCGCCAAAUCAGGGAAGAAUUGGCCAAGCUGGGACGACACUGUCUCAGCAAGCCCCUGGGUCAAGAGCUGUGUCUCUCCAGCCCAGAAGGCUCGAUCCAUGAGAAUUUCCUCCAGUUCCUGCAGAGGACCAGUUGCACCACCGAGACUCGUUCCAGCUAUGUGAACUCGAGCCCCAGGAAUACUUUGGACCAGACUGCGGUAGGAUUCCGAAUUCCAGGACAAAUCCCAGAAGAAACCAACUGAUGAAAGGCUGGUAUGUUGGAGUCAUUCCCACAUCUCUUCCCAUGCAACGUUUUUCUAUUUGUAGAUGCUAAAAACAUUGUUAACAUGACGCCAGCACAAAAGCUGCUAUUGUUCUCCAGCCACGUAAUGGAAAGUCGUUUGUUUAAGAAAUCAUAUUUAAAACAACAGCCGCCAUGACAGCUGUGCUCCAGCUCUGGAGAAACAGGAGCCUAAGAACUACAAAGGCAAUCUGAAAUGAUGGCCUGCUCUAAACGUGUUAAAAGGACAAAGAGAGGGCAGGAGGUUCAUCAAGUACUGUAUGAUAUUAGACUAGAGAAACUAAGAUCCACGUGAUAUUCAUUAUUUCAAUUGUUGGAGCAAGAAAGUGCGCAUGCAUUUCCAAGCAACUUAUCACUGUCGAUGCAGACAGGUAGAUUUCCUUAGCAAAACAGAUGUUAGGUAAGGGGAUGUUCUCAUGAAAUAAACUCAGUAAAAU